AUGCCUGUGCGAAUGUCAUAUACACGGCGAAAUAACCCUUUCUCUAAUCAGCACGGAUAUCAUACACAGACGCACCUCCCAACACAUGAACAAGCACCACCAGAGAACCCAUACCCGCCGGGUGGCCCUGGAGGCUACAUACCAGAGCGUCGCCCCGGCAGCGCAGCUUCGGGAUUCAGCUUCGAUGACGACCCGACACCUCCGCUCCCCACUGGUCACCAGCCAGACUACCUUCCUCGUCCAGAGUCCGCCUUCGGUUUUGAUCACUACCAGUAUGGCUACGGCCGUCCCAUGUCGACCUACAGUGACCCGGAGGAGAGUUGGGCAGAGAGACAGCACCAGCCUGCCGUGGAAUCAGGUCUGAGACGACGUGACACCCGAAAGAUCAAGCUGGUCCAGGGCUCCGUCCUGAGCAUUGACUACCCCGUUCCUAGUGCCGUCAAGAAUGCUGUCGAGCCUCGAUACCGUGAUGUUGAAGGCGCCGAUGAGGAGUUCAUGAAGAUGCGAUACACUGCUGCUACUUGCGAUCCUAACGACUUCACCCUCAAGAACGGCUAUGAUUUGCGUCCCCGUAUGUACAACCGUCAAACCGAGCUUCUCAUCGCCAUUACCUAUUACAACGAAGACAAGGUGCUUCUUGCUCGUACCCUCCAUGGUGUAAUGCAGAACAUUCGAGAUAUCGUCAACCUGAAGAAAUCGAAGUUCUGGAACAAGGGCGGCCCGGCGUGGCAGAAGAUCGUCGUCUGCUUGGUUUUCGAUGGUAUCGAGAAGGCCGACAAGAACGUCCUCGACGUCCUCGCAACAAUCGGUAUUUACCAGGAUGGUGUGGUCAAGAAGGACGUUCAGGGCAAGGAAACGGUUGCCCACAUCUUCGAGUACACCAGUCAACUCUCCAUUACUCCCGACCAGCAACUUAUCCGACCCUCCGCCGAGGGCAAAGCCUCGCAUAACCUUCCACCUGCGCAAUUCAUCUUCUGUCUGAAGCAGAAGAACAGUAAGAAGAUCAACUCGCAUCGAUGGUUGUUUAACGCUUUUGGUCGCAUUCUGAACCCAGAAGUCACGAUCUUGAUCGAUGCCGGAACGAAACCUAGCCCGGGAUCUCUGCUUUCGCUAUGGGAGGGAUUCUACAAUGACAAGGACCUCGGCGGUGCCUGUGGCGAGAUCCACGCCAUGUUGGGAAAGAACGGUAGAAAGUUGUUUAACCCGCUCGUUGCGGUGCAAAACUUCGAGUAUAAGAUCUCCAAUAUUCUCGAUAAGCCCCUGGAAAGCUCCUUUGGUUAUGUUACUGUCUUGCCAGGCGCCUUCUCAGCUUAUCGAUUCCGCGCCAUCAUGGGCCGACCUUUGGAGCAGUAUUUCCACGGCGACCACACGCUCUCGAAGCGUUUGGGCAAGAAGGGUAUCGACGGUAUGAAUAUUUUCAAGAAGAACAUGUUUUUGGCAGAGGACCGAAUUUUGUGUUUCGAACUGGUCGCCAAGGCUGGUCAAAAGUGGCAUUUGAGCUACAUCAAGGCUGCCAAGGGCGAGACCGACGUUCCUGAGGGCGCGGCGGAAUUCCUGAGCCAGCGACGUCGUUGGCUGAACGGUUCCUUCGCUGCCUCGUUGUAUUCGCUCAUGCAUUUCGGUCGUAUCUAUCGAUCCGGCCAUAGCAUCAUCCGCAUGUUCUUCUUGCAUAUCCAACUGAUCUACAGCUCUCUCAACGUCAUCUUCUCUUGGUUCUCCCUGGCUUCUUUCUACCUGACGACGGCUAUCAUUAUGAAUUUGGUCGGCAGCCCGUCAAUUCUUUCGGCAUACCAUGGCUGGCCCUUUGGUGAUACGGCGACUCCAAUCCUCAACACUCUGAUCCGCUACCUGUACAUUGUUUUCUUACUCAUCCAGUUCAUUCUUGCGCUCGGUAAUCGACCAAAGGGCUCUAGAUUCACCUAUGUGGCUUCGUUUGUCGUCUUCGGCCUUAUCCAGUUCUAUAUCUUGAUUCUGUCCUUCUACCUGGUGUACCGUGCUCUGCGCGAUCCAAUCAGCAACUCGAUCGACACCUCAUCUGGUAUUGCGUUCUUCCGGAGUUUCUUCAGUAAUGACGGUAUUGCAGGAGUCAUUUUGCUCGCCAUCAUCACCAUCUACGGAUUGAACUACCUCGCUUCCUUCCUCUACAUGGAUCCAUGGCACAUGUUCCACUCGUUCCCUUACUACUUGGUGCUCAUGUCAACCUACAUCAAUAUUCUCAUGGUCUACGCAUUCAACAACUGGCACGACGUGUCUUGGGGAACGAAGGGUUCUGACAAGGCCGACACACUUCCUUCGGCUGAAGUGAAGAAGGACAAAGUUGGUAACGUAAUCGUUGAAGAAGUGGACCGUGAGCAGGAGGAUAUCGACAGUCAGUUCAAGAAGACUGUCUACCGCGCGUUGACGCCCUUCGUGGAAGAAGAGGAGGUCGAGAAGACGGACCCAGAGGAUUCGUACAAGUCUUUCCGUACCGGCCUAGUCGUGUCUUGGCUCCUGUCGAAUUUGAUCCUCAUUGUUGGUGUAACGAGUGACGAGUUUGAGGCGGUCGGCGUACAGAAAGCUUCAGAGAGCCGAACACCCAUGUUCUUCCGAACGCUUCUGUACUUCACGGCCGGUCUCUCCAUCGUCCGUUUCCUCGGUUUCCUCUGGUUCUUGGCCAAGACUGGUCUCAUGUGCUGCUUCGCCAGACGUUAA